CGCCUGGGAGCGCCUGGGAGCGCUUGGGAGCGCCUGGGAGCGCCUGGGAGCGCCGGAGGCGCCGCCAGGGGGCCGCGGACCUCCGAGUUGUGAUGUUUAUGUCGCUGCUCGCUCCCCCACUUGGCGCCAACGCCACCUCCUGCACCACCCGAUCUUGGCUCUGCACGGGGCUCUCCCCGCCCCAGUGCACGACCAGCAGCCCGAGCUCCGGGCUCACGUCCAGCGAGGCGCACCCCGGCCCCCGGCGGUCGGGCGCGCGCGCCACGUCCGCCCCGCUGUACCACAGCGCGGUGCCCGGGUGCUGCUCCAGAAGCCGGCCCUCCCUCGGCCGAGCAAAACAUCAGCGAGUCCGCGUGCGAGACGGCGACGCGGCCCCCUGCGACACAUGGCUUCCGCCAGCGCCGGCGCCAGCCGCGACCCCGGGCAGCCAGCCCUCCGAGAGGCCCACCCUCGCUGGGAAGGCGCAGUCCGGCCGCGCGCCCACGGCGAUGCAGUGGCGCAGGCGCCCCUGCUGGACCCUGGCCCUGAAGAAGGCCCGCACUGGGGUGCCCGCGGCCAAGCAGGAGGAGGCGGAGGAGGAGGAGGAGGAGGAGGAAGCGGAGGAGGGGGAGGAGGAGGAGCCGCCGAGGCCCACGGGCGCGCUCGCGGAGCAGGGCAAGCGGCCCCCUCCGCCGGCCCGCUGCCGCUUCGCGGAGUGCACCAGGUCCCGCAGCUGCGCCCACUGCCGCCUGUGGCUCGCGCCAGCCAAGUCCCCGAACGAGGUCCACCAGGGAGCCGGCGUGCCGAAGCUCGGCCUCGACGUGCGCGAAGGUCGCCCGCGACGAGAGGUC